AUGAUCUCCACAAGGCUCGCGCGCAUGGGUGCGCUGGCCCCUAAGUCCCGCCUUCUCCUUGGGACCCGGGGUCUGGCCACUGUCAGCGAUUCGCCCCUCGACAAGAAAGUUGAGAUGGCCAAUUCGGAGAAGGGCAACUACAUUAACUACAAGAAGAUGUCUGAGAACUUGGAAAUUGUUCGCCGUCGUCUGAGCCGUCCUCUCACCUACGCCGAGAAGGUCUUGUACUCUCACCUCGACGACCCUCACGGCCAGGAUAUUCAGCGUGGUACCUCCUACCUUAAGCUGCGCCCCGACCGUGUGGCUUGCCAGGAUGCCACCGCUCAGAUGGCCAUCCUUCAAUUCAUGUCCGCUGGAAUGCCGUCGGUUGCCACCCCUACCACUGUCCACUGCGACCACUUGAUUGAAGCUCAGAUUGGCGGAGAGAAGGAUCUUGCUCGUGCCAAUGAAAUCAACAAGGAGGUCUAUGACUUCCUGGCCUCUGCUACUGCUAAGUACAACAUUGGUUUCUGGAAGCCUGGUUCCGGUAUCAUUCAUCAGAUCGUUUUGGAGAACUACGCUUUCCCCGGUGGUCUUAUGAUUGGUACUGACUCCCACACUCCCAAUGCUGGCGGUCUUGCCAUGGCUGCUAUUGGUGUUGGUGGUGCCGACGCUGUCGAUGUCAUGGCCGGACUUCCUUGGGAAUUGAAGGCCCCUAAGGUUAUCGGUGUUAAGCUUACCGGUGAGAUGUCCGGAUGGACUACUCCUAAGGAUAUCAUCCUUAAGGUUGCCGGUCUUCUCACUGUAAAGGGUGGUACUGGUGCCAUCAUUGAGUAUCACGGUCCUGGUGUUAACUCCCUGUCCUGUACUGGUAUGGGAACCAUCUGUAACAUGGGUGCUGAAAUCGGUGCCACUACCUCCAUGUUCCCCUUUAACGACCGCAUGUACGACUACCUGCGUGCCACUAAGCGUCAGCACAUUGGCGAGUUCGCUCGUUCGUACGCUAAGGAGCUCCGCGAAGAUGAGGGCGCUGAAUACGACCAGCUGAUUGAGAUUAACCUGUCGGAGCUUGAGCCUCAUGUCAACGGGCCUUUCACCCCCGAUCUCGCUACUCCCAUCUCCAAAUUCAAGGAGGCCGUGGAGGCCAACAAGUGGCCUGAGGAGCUCAAGGUCGGUCUCAUUGGCUCCUGCACCAACUCCUCGUACGAGGAUAUGUCCCGUGCUGCCUCCAUCGCUCGGGAUGCCCUUGACCACGGAAUCAAGUCCAAGUCUCUUUUCACUGUUACCCCCGGUUCCGAGCAGAUUCGUGCCACGAUUGAGCGUGACGGCCAGCUGCAGACUUUGGAAGAAUUUGGUGGUGUCAUUCUCGCCAACGCCUGCGGUCCUUGUAUUGGACAGUGGGACCGCAAGGACGUUAAGAAGGGCGAGCCCAACUCCAUCAUUUCCUCCUACAACCGUAACUUUACCGGCCGUAACGAUGCCAACCCUGCCACCCACGCGUUUGUCGCAUCUCCCGACCUGGUCGUUGCUAUGACCGUUGCGGGGACUCUCAAGUUCAACCCCCUUACAGAUAAACUGAAGGAUAAGGAUGGCAACGAGUUCAUGCUCAAGCCUCCCUCCGGUGAGGGUCUUCCUGCUAAUGGAUAUGACCCUGGCCGUGACACCUACCAGGCCCCUCCUGCGGACCGUGCUAGCGUCAAUGUUGCUGUCUCUCCCUCUAGCGACCGCCUGCAAGUACUUGCUGGAUUCCAGGCUUGGGAUGGAAAGGAUGCUACCAACAUUCCUAUCCUGAUCAAGUGCCAGGGCAAGACCACCACUGACCACAUUUCCAUGGCUGGCCCAUGGUUAAAGUACCGUGGACAUCUUGACAACAUCUCCAACAAUAUGCUGAUCGGUGCUAUGAACGCCGAGAACGGCGAGGCCAACAAGGUUAAGAACGCCUUUACUGGUGCCUACGAUGCUGUCCCCGCUACUGCUCGCGACUACAAGGCUCGUGGUGUUAAGUGGGUUGUUAUCGGUGACUGGAACUACGGCGAAGGUAGCUCUCGUGAGCAUGCUGCUUUGGAGCCUAGACACCUUGGUGGACUUGCUAUUAUCACUCGCAGCUUUGCCCGUAUUCAUGAGACCAACUUGAAGAAGCAGGGUAUGCUUCCUCUGACCUUCUCCGACCCCGCCGACUACGACAAGAUCCAACCCACCGAUACCGUUGAUCUGCUCUGUACUGAACUCGAGGUCGGCAAGCCCAUGACUCUCCGUGUCCACCCCAAGGACGGCGCUUCCUUCGAUGUUAAACUGAGCCACACCUUCAACGAGUCCCAAAUACAGUGGUUCAAGGAUGGCUCCGCUCUUAACACCAUGUCUCGCAAGGCUAGUAACUAA